ACUCUUUCUUAUCAUCGUGACCAUAUAUCGCUCACCUUAAGAUUCAACAAGCGGUCACACCAGGAACGCUAGCCCUUGACUCACUGGCCGCUUCCUCGGAUCAUCUUGCACCACUUGUGACCACUAUCAGUCCGAGUACUUGGCACCUAGACUGCCCAGUGUGGCUGUACUCUCUUCUCCGCACGCUUCAUCGUUAGAUCUUGGGAUAUUGCAUCGAUCAAUUGGAGAUUAAUAUACGAUCAGUAUUUGUUACAGACACAAUACGGCAUUCCGUCAGAGGAUCCAAAGAUUGAUAGGAUUAAGGAUCUCAGUCAACUGUUCUUAUUCGUCGGACCAGCAACAGGCGUACCAGAGAAGAAUGAAUCGAACAACUUCCUCCUCUUCUUCGCAAAGAAACAUCUUUCGAGAGUUUCGGCGAGCCGGCUCGUCCUACCGGUACAACAUGACACGAAAUGGUUCAACCGAUGUGCAUGAGCGUUCGCUGCUGCUCCAUCCUCGCACCUAUUCCGAAAGCUAUCACCAUACCGAUUCGCCUUACCGGGAUGAUCCACGGUUCUGGGUCAGGUGGCCUGCGCAGACUGCGCAUCUAACUUGGCUCACUCUUGCGAGUAACUAUGUCAACGUCCUGUUGGUCUUUGUACCUUUGGGUAUUGUCGCCGGUGCCUUGGAGUGGGGUGCUGCGACGAUUUUUACCUUGAAUUUCCUCGCCAUCAUGCCGCUGGCUUCAUUGUUGAGUUUCGCAACCGAGGAACUUGCCGCUACCAUGGGACAGACCUUGGGCGGCUUGAUGAAUGCGACUUUUGGUAAUGCCGUGGAACUGAUCGUCAGCAUUAUCGCGUUGAAGGAUGGCCAAAUCCGCGUUGUCCAGGCAAGCAUGCUCGGAAGCAUCUUGUCAAAUAUACUGCUAGUUCUUGGGUGCUGUUUUUUGAUCGGAGGUAUUCGUUACCCUGAACAAGAGUUCAACUCUACAGUGGCCUCAACCAUGUCCUCCUUGAUGGCUGUGGCGUCGGCCUCUUUGAUCAUUCCCGCGUCGCUUUUCGCAGCUAUGUCAGAUUCCUACAAUCCCGAACCCGAUACGAGGAAGAGCAUUCUUCAACUUUCUCGCGGCACUGCUGUCAUUCUUUUACUUCUUUAUGUUAUGUACUUGGUCUUCCAGUUAAAGACGCACUCCAAUUUAUUCGAGGAAUCGUCUGGCGGCGACAACAAUGUUGAGAGUCAGGUACCUGGAUCUGAAGACGAAGUCGAGGAACAUAUUCUUAGCCCAUUGGCGGCUGGCGUGGCUCUAGUCGUUGUCACAAUCUUGGUUGCCGUCUGUGCGGAGUAUCUUGUCGGCAGUAUCGAGGGAAUCGUUGAAAAGACCGGCAUGACCAAGACAUUCAUUGGCCUGGUUCUGAUUCCCAUUGUGGGCAACGCUGCUGAGCAUGUUACUGCUGUCGUUGUGUCUUACAAGAACAAAAUGGAUCUGGCGAUCGGUGUGGCAAUUGGCAGCAGUCUUCAAAUUGCACUCUUUGUCACUCCGUUCCUUGUCAUUCUUGGUUGGAUAAUGAACGUGGAAAUGACAUUGUACUUCCAUAUCUUCGAAACAGUCUCCUUUUUCAUUUCUGCUUUGGUGGUCAUUUUCCUUAUCCAGGAUGGAAAGUCGAAUUAUCUGGAGGGUGGCUUGUGUCUGGGAAUGUACGCCAUUCUGGCAAUUGCCUUCUACGUCUAUCCUGACACUGAUUAGUUGACCCAUUCUCGUUACGAGAGGCGUCUACUUGGAACGUCUAAACUGGAGGAUGAGGCUUUUUGUCUGUACAAAUUGGCAAUGUAUGGAUCUCGGAAUGAGACGAUUUCCUUGUAAAAUGUAUCUAGCAGCUGAUGAUUUACUAACUUUCGACGAACUAUCACUACCACUACGAAAAGUUUGUAUAUAUCUAUCCUUACGAACGUGACUUUCCUUUGGUGUACUUUGAAUAUGAACAGAUUAUUGGCAUCAAUAUUAUGCCAAAAAUCAGUAUUGUAA